UACACACAAUGGGGGAUAGAGCACAGUACACACAGGGGACGGCUCCCCCUCCCAUUGGCCGGCCGGGUGGGUGAGGGGCAGCGGAAGGUCCGGGCUCCUCCCCCUCCAGGACACGUUCUCAGCACAUACACACAGUGCAUGCAGCAGACUGGGGGACACCUGGGCCAGGCCGAGGGAGAUGGGGCCAGGGGCGAGAAGCCACACAGCCCGGGACUGAGCGCACCUGACACCGCCUGCCUGCACAGCCCGCACCGACACGGACGUCUGAGCCCCGUGCACACCGGCCGCAGCCGCACGGAAGCCGCGCUCCUCCCCGGACCGGGAGUCCUCGCCGGGGGUCGAUAGGCCGCCGCGGCCGCUCGCUCGUCAUGUUCGCCAAGGGGAAAGGAUCAGCGGUGCCGUCAGACGGGCAGGCCCGGGAGAAGCUUGCUCUUUAUGUAUACGAAUAUCUACUUCAUGUUGGUGCCCAGAAAUCUGCACAGACGUUCCUGUCAGAGAUAAGGUGGGAGAAGAACAUCACAUUAGGGGAACCUCCAGGAUUCUUACAUUCAUGGUGGUGUGUAUUUUGGGACCUUUACUGUGCUGCGCCAGAGCGCAGAGACACCUGUGAACAUUCAAGCGAAGCGAAAGCUUUCCACGACUACAGCGCAGCCGCUGCCCCAAGUCCAGUGCUCGGUAACAUUCCUCCAAAUGAUGGCAUGCCAGGAGGGCCUAUUCCCCCUGGAUUCUUCCAGCAGGGUCCACCUGGGUCACAGCCGUCACCUCACGCACAGCCACCUCCUCACAACCCCAACAUGAUGGGUCCUCACAGUCAGCCUUUUAUGUCUCCGCGAUACGGUGGUGGACCCAGGCCUCACAUAAGAAUGGGAAACCAGCCACCAGGUGGUGUCCCUGGGUCACAGCCUUUGUUACCAAACUCCAUGGAUCCAACCAGACAAGGACACCCUGGCAUGGGAGGACCCAUGCAGAGGAUGAACCCCCCUAGACCAAUGGGCCCCAUGGGUCCGGGACCUCAGUCUGAUCCUUGGUUAUCAUUGCAGAAUUAUGGAAGUGGGAUGAGACCACCACCAAAUUCCUUAGGGCCCGGCAUGAACAUGGGUCCUGGUGCGGGCAGGCCGUGGCCAAAUCCAAAUAGUGCAAAUUCGCAGAUUCCAUAUUCAUCAUCAUCGCCCGGCACGUAUGUGGGCCCACCAGGUGGCGGAGGACCUCCGGGUACCCCCAUCAUGCCCAGUCCUGCAGAAUCAACAAAUUCAAGCGACAAUAUCUACACAAUGAUAAAUCCUGGUCCACCCACAGGGAACCGUUCAAAUUUCCCGAUGGGACCAGGCUCAGAUGGACCCAUGGGAGGAAUGGGUGGUAUGGAACCUCAUCAUAUGAACGGGUCAUUAGGUUCUGGAGACAUGGACGGACUCCCUAAGAAUUCCCCAAAUAACAUAAGUGGCAUUAGUAACCCUCCUGGGACACCGCGAGAUGACGGAGAGUUAGGAGGAAACUUUCUUCAUUCCUUCCAAAAUGAUAAUUACUCUCCCAGCAUGACUAUGAGUGUGUGACAACGGGGGCAAUACUAGACUCAGCUGCUGCUUUGGAAGGUCACGGUGAUUUGGAGAAGAGAAUUGUCUGGAGUUGCGGAAAUCACUAGAACAGCUCCCUCAGUUCGGUUUCAUGCAAUAAAAAGCCCAAACUUUUUAUUCCAUUAAACAUAGUACAAAAAACUGUCCAGACAAGAAAAAAAAAAUCCUGCUCAGAGGAUUUAGAACUGUACAGAAAACUUUUUUUUUUUUAAUUUUUACUUUUUUUUCAAACUUUUUUUUUUUUAUUUUCCUCCCCCAAGAAAAAGGAGACUUUACGUUAUAAAUCUGAUUGCUGUGUCUUUUAUUUGCCCCGAAUGUUCUAUGUCUGUGACGUGAUAUUCAAGGAGAAUAGCUGAAAUAGUAAAACUUCAUGUGUCUUUUUAGUUUAUAGCUUUUAUUUUUUGGAAAUGAACUGAUUCUCAGAUGCCCACUUCCCUCCAAAGAGCUUUUUCUGUCUCAUGCCGUCUAAAACCACCUCCAGAAAAUGAUUUAUAAUUUUUAUUUUUCCACUGUGCAGAAACUCUGGUUGGACCUGCACCCUUCUCUUUACCUCAUUCAAUACAACACUUGAUAUUUGUUUAAACACCUAAGACUCUAUAUAUUAUUAUUAUUUUUAUUAUUUUUUUCUUUUUACCUCUACAAGAGCGAUAAUUUUACUAGAAACUCCUAGAAUCAAGAGGAAAGAAGCCUUCGCCGCGGAAAGGGAUGUUUUAUAGGAAUAUGGAGCCUGCAAUGUACAGGUUUGUGGCAAGGCUUCAUACUGACUGGCUUCACGCUGCGGACUUCAAUGACAUUUAUUUCUAAGGCAGCGCUGGUUGGAAGAAGAGAGAGAGAGAUGGUCAGCAGAAAAGAGAACGCCCCCCUGCCCGGCUGCCAUCUUGUUCUUUGUAUAACCACUGCCUGGCCUGGUUUCCACCAUAUCAACGUCGUCGACCCAGAACAAGUUCAGCUGAUACACAACACUGUAAUUUUUUUUUAUUUCCUUCAGUCUGAAAUGAGAAACUUUAAAAACAGCUACACUUAUGGGUUCUGCUUGUGUUUUUUUAAUAUUUUUUUUUUUGCAUAUUAAAAGGGACAGUCCGUGUAAGCUGUUGGCUGAGUUUCCGAUCAAAUUUAUCAUGUGUUUCCAGGAUUUUUGUAAAAUUAUUAUUAUUUUUUUUUUCUUCCCUCAUUUUGUCAGGAGUAACUGAAGGAGGGAACAUUAGCAGCUCCUCUCAGGACAUUGUUACAUGAAAAUUCCUUGUGUAUUCAAAAAGGGAUAGUUAAAUUAUUGUCUCUUGAUAUGGGACAGCUUGGAAUGAUAUGGUUAAUUUUUCCGCCUCCAUGCUGUAAUAAAUUUAAUAAAUUCAAACCUGU